UACAUCCUUCUGAUUGGUAAGGUUUCGCUAGUUUGCAGCACAUGGCAAAUCUCCUCCCUCGAACAUUCCAAAAUGUGUAGAGCACAGACCAACAGCAGAUCUUGUAAGAGCACAUAUAUCGAGAGGUCUGUGCUUAUUUCAACCGUUAUCAGAAAACAUGUCAACCAGCUCCGAAGUUUCGUCGACCUGCCCGAUACCAAGCCGCAAUAUCCUCGAAAAGACCUGGUCUCAUCUCCCCGACUGCUACAGUCAGACUCCUGGAGGAACGGUGUUUUCAACAACUCCCGGUGGGACUCGGAUCAUCUAUGAUCGAAAGUUUCUCUUGGAAUGUCGAAAUUCGCCGAUUGCACGCACCCCACCCUGCUGCCUCCCCCACAUUCCAGGGGUCACCAUACCUUCAGUGCAACCCCAGGGUAAGCCAACGGAGCAGGGCUACGACAGCAAGGAUCUCUCUGUUGAUGAUAGCCAGUUUAUGAUGGAUAUGUGAUUGAUAUCUCCAGCUCCUGUGGAAAAAUUGACCGUUUCAGCCUUUUCUACCAGUGCUCAUUAUCUGGGGAAAGAACACACCAGCUGUGGAUUCCUUUAUUACCUCCCAUGAUUUUUUUUUUCUUUACCUUGAAUAAUGAAAUGCUCAGAGCAAGUAGCUCUGUUGUGGGAAGGAGGAUUUUGAGUUUGGUGGAAGUUAAGGUGAAAGCUUUGCAAUUUGUAGCCUCUGCUGGUUUGAGGUUUAAAUUCAGUAACUUAUCGUUUUACAACCAUUCUGUAGGUUACUGUAUGUUGUCUACAUUUUUAUGUGUGGAUAGUUGAAAUGCAGCUGUAUGUUUUUGUAAUGGGAUUUCAGGGACUAAAAGAGUCUGGACCCUAUGAGACACGUUUAAAGUCAUAAGCCAGAAAUCAACAGUUGUACCGUUUGCUGUUUAUACUCUGGAUGUUAUAUGACCAUUUGUAAUAAAACCAUAAC